AUUUUUAUUUCUGAAAUUUCAUUAGAAAUAUGGAGCAGAAAGUGUCUAAAGAAACAAAGCAUCCUGUUGAAAACGCCAGUUACCUCAACCAGCUGUUUUUCAUAUGGACGUUCACAUUAUUUAAAAAAGGAUCCAAGAAUGAACUUACAAUGAAUGACAUUUGGCCUCCUCUUACUCGUGAUAAAUCAGAACAUUUAACAAAUCAGUUAGAGAGGGCAUGGAAUCAACAACUUAUGAAAUGCCAAAAACAUAAUAAAAUGGAAGUUACUAGCAAAAAUAGAAAGCUAAAGAGGCCCAGCUUAAUCAAAACUAUAAUAGCAGUUUUUUGGUUUGAUUAUUUUAUUGUUAGUUUAGUUGUGAUGCUUGAAAUGGUAAUACUACGAAAUACAUUACCUAUUUUUCAACGUAUCAUUGUUGAUUAUUUUGAUAUGACAAAUAAUGAGAUGUCACGAAAUGAUAUUAUAUUUUAUACCACUGGGCUUAUUUUGACUGCUUUCUGCAGUACUUUGACUUUACAUCACACUUCUUUUCAAUCACGACGAAUUGGAAUGAAAAUAAGAGUUGCUUGUUGCUCUCUUAUUUAUAGAAAGAGUUUAAAACUGAGCCAGGCAUCAUUUAAUGAAGCAAACGUAGGCCAAGCAAUUAAUAUUCUUAGUAAUGAUGUAAAUCGCUUUGAUUAUCUUCUAAUUUAUUUUAGUUUGAUAUGGAUAGCUCCUUUUCAGAUUACCUUGGCUGGUUUUAUAAUGUGGCAAAGUAUUGGAAUUUAUACUCUUAUAACACUCGGUUGUCUGAUAGGAACAAUGGUUCCUCUGCAAGCAUUUCUUUUAAAAAUAAGUGAAAAGCUACGAGGGCUAAUUGCUUGUUUGACUGAUCGAAGAAUACAAUUAUUGAGUGAAGUUAUUGCAGGAAUUCAAGUAGUCAAGAUGUAUGCUUGGGAGAAGCCAUUUAAUAAAAUCAUUUCACAAAUUAGAGAGAAAGAAAUAAGACAGAUUUAUUAUGCAACCAAUGUGAAAGCAUUUUAUAAAUCAAUAUUUUUAGUAAUGGAACGAAUGAUACUUUUUAUAACGAUUGUAGCCUUCAUUUCUACAGGAAACUCACUUGAUGCUGGAAUUGUGUUUCAGCUUUUUAGCUAUGUUGAUAUUUUACUUAUCAUCAUGGCAAUAUGUGUUCCUACUGCUAUUGUAACCAUUGGAGAAAGUAUAAUUUCUAUUAAACGAAUAGAGGAUUUUUUGAUGCUUAAUGAGAUAAAUGAAGAUGAUAAUACAAAAAUUAAUCAAUUAAAUGAUAAUUUAUCAAAUAAAUCAUCAUAUUCAAUACAAAUUGAACUAGAACAAGUUUUUGCCAAUUGGAUAAAAGGCCAAUUACCACCAACAUUAAAUAAUAUAUCAUUGACAAUUAAAGGAGGAGAAUUGUGUACUAUUCUUGGUCCAGUUGGUUGCGGUAAAUCGUCAUUAUUAAACGUCCUCCUUAAAGAACUUCCAAUUAGCAGUGGUGCUAUUAGAUUUUUUCGAAAUACUGAGUCUGGGUUAGAACUAUUAAAAAAUAAUUCAGGAAUCAAAAUAUCCUAUGCAAGCCAAGAUCCCUGGCUUUUUUCAGGAACUGUCAGAGAAAAUAUUCUUUUUGGGGAGGAAUAUGAUAGCAAACGCUAUCGAAAGGUAACAAAAGUUUGCUCCCUUUUGAAAGAUUUUCGACUAUUUCCCAACGGUGAUAUGACAAUUGUUGGAGAAAGAGGUGCUUCUCUUUCGGGUGGACAAAGAGCAAGAAUUAAUUUAGCAAGAGCGGUAUAUAAAAAAGCUGACGUUUAUCUUCUUGAUGAUCCUCUCGGUGCAGUUGAUGUUCAAGUUGGUCGUCAACUUUUUAAUGACUGUAUUCGAAAAUAUUUGAAAGGAAAAACUAGAAUACUUACAACUCAUCAAAUUUAUCAACUAAUGAGAAAUGAUUUCAUAGUAAUUAUGGAACGAGGAGUUAUUGAAUCUCAAGGUUCAUUUGAAACUUUGUCGAAAAUACGACCAGAUUUCAAUAAUAUGUUAUCUCAUUAUGAAGAAAAAAAAGAAAUGUUUAAUGUUGAAAAAAUAGAGAUGAAAGAAUUAUGUGAAAACAGCACAAAUGAAAUCAUAAAUCCAUCUACUGAAGAAAAUGUAAUUUCAGUUUUGAAAAAAUCCAUGACGUCUUUGAAUAAUUGUCAAUUGAUAUCGAAUAAAACUGAUAAAACAAAGGCACAAGAAACAAUGACAUCUGAAGAAAAAGAAACAGGACAUUUAUCAUACGAUGUUUAUAUACGUUACUUCCGUAAUGGUGGUACUCUUUUAACAUUUAUUUUCCUUAUUUUCAUUUGGAUUAUAUCACAAAUAACUAUUAGUGGUUUCGAUUAUUGGCUCAGUUAUUGGAUUAGUUUGGAAUCAAUUAAAAUAUGCCUUCAACAGUCAUUUAAGGAUUGCAAAAUCGACAAAAGUCAAUAUGAUUCGAUGAUAAAUACUCCAUUGUUCACAUCACUGCCAGUUUUGGAUGAAAAUGGAUUUUUAAAAACCAAAUAUGCAAUUUACAUUCAUAUUAUUUUUAUUAUUACCUGCAUGAUCUUAGUUCCAUUAAGAAGUUUUGUUUUAAUGAGAAAUUUUGUUCUUCAUGCUACUAUGCGAUUUUUUCACAUUAAUCCAUCAGGAAGAAUUUUGAAUAAAUUUUCAAAAGACGUUGGAACAAUGGAUGAAUUAGUUCCCAUAACACUUUUAGAAACAGCUCAAAUAUUUUUUUUAGUAACAGGAGUUUUAAUAUUGGUUUAUGUGGUUAAUGUAUGGAUGAUAAUUCCUAGUUUUAUUAUGGGCAUAAUUAUUUAUAUUUUUCUUUAUUACUAUCUUCGUGUUUCUCAAGACCUAAAAAGACUAGAAGGCAUUGCAAAAAGUCCUGUUUUCACUCACGUUACUACCACCUUUAAAGGAAUAACUACAAUCAGAAGUAAUGAGGAUAGUAUAGAAAUGAUGUUUCGAAAUAAAUUUGAUCAACUUCAAGAUGAUCAUAGUGGAGCUUGGUAUUUAGUCAUUGCUACUAAUGCAGCUCUGAGUUUUUUUCUAGAUUUAAUUGCCUGCGUAAUGCUCAGUUGUAUUUGCUAUUCAUUUAUUUUAAUUGGCCCCGAUGAUACCUAUGGAGCAUCUGUUGGUUUAGCGAUUUCUCAAUCAUUGACCUUGUCAUUAUUGUUUCCGUUUGGUGUUAAACAAAGCAUGGAAUUACAAUCUCAUAUGACUUCUGUUGAAAGAAUUUUACAUUACACCAAUAUACCUAAUGAAGACAUAAAACCAAUUGAUUCUACAACAGAAAAUGAAUCAUUCAAUGGAUAUGUUGAAUUUAAAAAUGUAUUUUUACAAUACAAUAAGGAUGAACCUGCUGUUUUAAAAGAUAUUAAUUUAGCUAUAAAACCAGGCUGGAAAGUUGGAGUAGUAGGAAGAACCGGUGCAGGAAAGUCAUCUUUAAUUUCAGUUUUAUUUCGUCUUGUUGAUGAUGGAAUGCAUGGAAAAGUAUUAAUUGAUAAACAAGAUAUCAAAAAAAUUGAUCUUCAUUAUUUGCGAUCAAAUAUUUCCAUUAUCCCACAAGAACCUGUUCUAUUUUCUGAAACGUUACGAUAUAAUCUCGAUCCUCUUCAAAAGUAUUCUGAUUUUGUUAUUUGGGAAACUUUAAAGAAGGUUGAGUUAAGUGAUUUAAUGCUUGAUCAAAAAAUUUUUGAGGGUGGAAAGAAUUUUAGUAUUGGACAAAGACAGCUAAUUUGUCUUGCGAGAGCCUUAUUAAGAAAUAAUAAAAUUCUUAUUCUUGAUGAAGCAACAGCAAAUAUCGAUUUUCAAACUGAUGCUUUGAUUCAACAAACAAUUAAAUCGAAAUUCAUAGGAUGCACAGUUAUUGUAAUAGCACAUCGACUUAAUACUAUUAUUGACAGUGAUCGUGUUUUAGUAAUGGAUGCUGGUGAAGUUGUUGAGUUCGAUAGCCCAUACAAUUUGAUAUUUAACAGAGAAAACAGUCUAUUUAAACAAAUGAUUGAACAAACUGAUCCAACAAUGUCAAAUCAACUUUAUAAAGAAGCAGCAAUAUACCAUCAACAAAAAAACAGUAGCUUUCAAUCUUUUAAUAGUGAAGAUGAUAUGGUAAUAGAUGUUGAUAAUGUUAGAAUAAAAAACUAUGAUGAUACAAUUGAAUAUAGUAUUCGACUUUAAAUUAUGUUAAAUAGAGUACUUGAAUUGUUAAUAAAAUAAAAAAAUUAAAUCCUAACAGCAUCGAUAACAAAAAAAUGGUUAAUAAGUUAACUAAAAAAUGUCAACUUUAAGUCAUGCCUAAAAUACUUUUUAUGAAUGAUGUUUUAUAUUUUGUUAAA